CGCGCGCACGCACACGCACACGCACACGCACGCACACACACACACACACCCGAGGCGCUUUGUGCUCCUAUCUCAGAUCGCCCAGUGAUGGGUGUCGACUGAUCGACUGGGAGCGUAUUUUUGCGGUGUGUUUGUUUUGACGUUUAACCGGGAUUACUAACCGGUGUGCCGUCAUCGUGGACCAUGCACUACCUCCCGUUCUUCCUGUUUCUGGCCAACGUGGAGCUGCUGGAGGCUCUGAGGAGCCAGCACGGGCUCGCGCUCGCACCGGGACCGGGUCGCGGCGGCACCGACGAUGACGCCGAGAACGGAACGUUUCACCACAGGACGUUUCACGUUCCCCCGCGGGAGGGUCCCGACCAUCGCGACCACCGCGCGCCCCUCAAGGCAGCGCCCUCGUCCUCCGCCACAGGUGUGUCCUCCUCCUUUCUGGAGACGCAGGUGCGCCCCGGAGCACCACCCAUCACCUCCGUCAACUCCACUCACUCUCGAAGGAGAGCGGCGGCGGUGGUGGGGACCCCCGCCGAGAGGAGUAAAGGGGGGUACAACUUUAAAGACGUCUCGACGGGGAUCGUAAACUCAUCCAGGGACGCGUCGCCUCACCACAAGAGGAGAAAGUUGCAGGCGAACGGCGACAUUCCCGCGCUGGGAAGCGUUGGGAUUAGCGCGCGGAGAUCCCUUGAUAAGUCCCCCUCCACGGGCCGAUGGGGGGGUCGGGAACAACAGAAUGAGGAGAGCGACAGGCGCAAGAGGGGCACAAAGGACGAGCAGAAGAAAGGCUCCAAAAGGGGCCGAAACCAUGCGAACAAAAGCCCCAUGGCUCUCCAGGCGUCGCCAUGGGAACCGCUGCCCAGACCCGCGGCGCUCUCCUCCACCGACCCGCCCCCGGACUCCUUCACGCGGCGCCCCGUGGAGUUCAUGACGUACGGCGAGGAGGAGAGCAACCCGUGGGACGCCACGCCGAUGACGCCGCCGAACCCGCAGGACUUCCCGCAGAGCGAGAUCCGGAAUCCCUUCUACCCGGUGACCGGCGAGACGUACGGGGCGUACGCCAUCGUCUGCGUGGCCGGGGUCAUCUUCUUGGUGGGCAUCGCGGGCAACAUCGCCAUCCUGUGCAUCGUGUGCCAGAACUACUACAUGAAGAGCAUCUCCAACUCACUGCUGGCCAACCUGGCCGUGUGGGACUUUGUGCUGAUCUUCUUCUGCCUGCCCAUGGUGGUGUUCCACGAGCUCACAAAGUCCUGGCUGCUGGGUGACUUCACCUGCAAGGUGGUGCCCUAUCUGGAGGUGGCCUCGCUGGGCGUCACCACCUUCACUCUGUGCGCGCUGUGCAUCGACCGCUUCCGCGCCGCCACCAACGUGCAGAUGUACUACGAGAUGAUCGAGAACUGCACCUCCACCACCGCCAAGCUGGCCGUCAUCUGGAUCGGCGCCCUGCUCCUGGCCCUGCCCGAGCUCCUGAUCCGCCAGCUGGUCGUCGAGGAGACGGGCUCCGCGGACGCGCCGGCCGCGGCCGAGCGCUGCGUCAUCCGCAUCUCCGCCGACCUCCCCGACACGCUCUACGUCCUGGGCCUGACCUACGAGGGCGCGCGCCUCUGGUGGUGCUUCGGCUGCUACUUCUGCCUGCCCACGCUCUUCACCAUCGGCUGCUCGCUGGUCACGGCGCGCAAGAUCCGCCGCGCCGAGCGCGCCAGCAGCGUGCGCGGCAACAAGAAGCAGAUCCGCCUGGAGUCGCAGAUGAACUGCACGGUGGUGGCGCUCGCCAUCGUGUACGGCGCCUGCGUGGUGCCCGAGAACAUCUGCAACAUCGCCGCCGCGUACAUGGCUGCCGGCGUGCCGGAGCGCGCCAUGGCCGCCCUGCACUUCCUGUCGCAGCUGCUGCUGUUCUGCCGGGCGGCCGUCACGCCGGUGCUGCUGCUGCUGCUGUGCCGCCCGCUGGGCCGCGCCUUCCUGGACUGCUGCUGCUGCUGCUGCUGCGCCGGCCACGCCCCGCCCUCCUCGGCGGCGGGCAGCGACGACAACGAGCACGAGUGCACCACCGAGCUGGAGCUGUCGCCCUUCAGCACCAUCCGCAGGGAGCUCAGCAACUACACCCCGCCCGCCACCGCCGUGGCCGCCACCACCGGGGGCACCAACUGCUGA